UUCUGUUUUGCAAUGAUGGCGGCAUCUCCUGCUGCUGCGACGACGAUGACGCCGGCCGACUGCAGCGAAGGCGCGACGAGCCCCGCAACCACGGACGUACCCGCGGACAUGCGCUGCCGCUAUGCGUACAAGGAGUGCCGAUUUGUCCGCUCCCAACGCAAGAAUGGCAAGCUGCAUUCGCUGUGCGAACUGCACCGUCGAAAAGCCAACUCGGUGCAGAAGCUGUACGCGAUGAAGCGACGGAAUACACCGACCGAGUCUGCAAGAAAUCGGCAGACUGCGAACAACAACAUCAACGCGCCACUCGGACGUUCUCCGAUGUUGCCGUCAUCCAUGAAGAUGGAAAGCUCCCACCUAUACCCUCCAACCCAUCAUUAUUAUCCAAGCCCGCAGCACCAUCACCGCCAUCCCGAGGAAGCAGUCGACGACGACACGUACCAACGCUUGAUGGAGAUCAAACAGCGCAUUCAAGAUGCAUGGGAGCGAAGGUCCUUCCCUCCAAGUGCCGAUGGACCCGUGGACUGUUACCCCAGCUCCCCCCCUGCUGCGUAUCGCCUUCCAUCCAUGUAUGCAGCUCAGUACUAAAGGGCCUUAAUUAAUCAUCUAUCUUCUCGCA